GAUAAUCACGGUAGGCGUUGCCUACGCGCCUUUUAAUUAGUCUUAUAAAGUUUCUUGAAGUCCUUUAUCUUUUAUUGCCAAUAAAGAAAUUAACAAAUGUUUUCAAUUAAUCUCGUUUUGUGUGUGAUUUUGUUAACCGGCCACAUCUCGGCAGUAGUUUUCCAAGAUUGUGGAUCGGCAUACGAGCUGACGUCGGUCGACAUAGAAGGAUGUGAGCUGAUGCCGCCUUGCUUUGUAACUCUGGGUGAAACAGUCCCUGUCAGUAUAGAAUUUUUUGCUGACUUCAUGUCAAGAAAGUUGGAUCAAGAUGUGCUGAUAAACAUCAACUAUGUCAACUUAAGACCAGAAGUUACUCCAGAGCAAUGUGAAACGGUAGUUUGCCCUGUGGUGCCCAACACUAUAUCUUCUUUGACUAGCAAAAUGUCGGUACCCCAGAACAUGGCAUUGAACCAGCGAGGCUAUUUGCAGUGGCGAGUGUACAAUGAGAGCGGUCAACGAGUGCUGUGCUACUCUGUGCUGGUGCAAACACAGAGCCCGUUGCAGAAACUUCUGAGACGAUUUGGACUACUGCGGAGGAAAAGACAUGCAUAGUUAAAAAAUUGGUAAUUUACAGGGUGAUUUUGUAAAAUUAAUAAACCCGCGAAUUACA